AUGCUUUUGAAACUGGCCGCCUUGUUAUUAUGGUCCUCUCCAGUGAUAGUCUCACUCAAACUUUCACGGUCUAUUGAGUCCUACGCGCUGUGGGAUCACAAGAUUACAUACUAUCCGAACUAUAUGCCUGUUAGCUCGAUAGUGGAACCUCUAGUCACUACAACGAUAAGUAUACUCACUAAUGCGGUAGCUCCCAGGCCAAACCCUACCGCAGACACGAUAUUUACAAAGAACUCUUCUGCCCAUGCUAGGUCUACAGAAUCUCGCCUUAGUCGUCUUUCUCUGACAGUUGUCUUGUCUGGUACCCCGGCAGCAGCUGCCUCGCAAAGCAUCACUACAAGCACUGUACUGGUUUCGGGUGAGAACGGUAUGCCGGCCUGCGCCUAUAUCGUGGCGGCCGAUACGGGCCCCAAUCCUGUGUGCGCACAGGACCAUUGUGACUGUGACGGUACUAUUGCCCCUUUGCUCUCGUCUUCUGUCAGUGGAACGUGGACUACGAACUGCGACUACACAGUACAGCCGGUUACCAGCGCACUAACGAGGGUACCUUAUGUUCAUGCGCGCCUCAUUCCUGCUCUUUACAGUAAUACAGCAUAG